CCGACAGAGCCGAACAAGCAUGCUAUGGACAUAUAUUCCUUGAACUGCCAGAACUUAGUACAGUGAGAGUGAUUGAUAAACCAGGUCAAGUCGAUUUCUGGCUUUCUGAGGGUAUUCCGUUCAGCCCAAAACGGUUUGGCGGCUUUAGUCGCUCCGCCCGAGUUGAUCACCAAAGGAAGUUCAAUCUUCUCCGCAUAUACUUUCUGGAAUUUGGCCCUGAAAGCCGAGAAAUCUCAAUUGACACCACCAGUGCUAAGCUGACCGAACCGUACUAUCUCUUGCUCAAGUGUUUAGACCAUUGUCGCAGUCAUGGGUUGGUUCUGGGGCAACUCGAAUCAAGACGACCCUGUCAAGAAGCUUGACCCGGGUCUCCGAGAAUAUCUCGAACAUGAAGCCCCAAAGAAAUACGUCCCUGCGACCGCAGUGCCCCCGGAUCCUUCCAAGACAGGAGAUGCACAAGCUCAAUCAGCGCAACCAGCCGAAAACACCGAGCCUCCGAAACCUGCGGUUCCUGCUGCCUCACUUUACCCCGACGGCCGUUACGCCCAUCUCUGGAAGACUUACAAACCGCCAACCGAGGAAAACACUGAAGUGAAGGGCGCUUCCAGGGUGAUUGAAAAGUACAAGUCACGCAAUGAUACCGUACACCGCGCAGCGAUGGAGAACUGCGCACUGGAACAUGAGGAUUUGACGUUGUGUUUCCAAAACGGAAACUUGCAGAAACGACUCAUGUCCCGUAUGACUUUGUGCUCCGAGGAAAAUGGGAAAUUCUCUCGGUGCUUUACUACUCAAGCUAAAUUCCUCCAGGCAUUGGGCUACUCCUCCUCGUUUGAAUGGGACGACGAGCGAGAGGAAAAGAUCCAGAUGCACGCCGAUAAGCUCUACCAUGAGAUGCUGGAUUAUGAGAAACAAGUUGAGGAGGCCCGAGCGGCUGGCCAGGAACCUCCGCCUCUCACAUCCCUCUUCAAUCCCCAGGGAAAAACCCAGCCGCAGAAGGCCGAAAAUACCUCAGGCUCCCUGGAAAUCCCCGGAGGCGAGGCCAUUCCGCCCGGAUUCAAGCCAUCCAAGCCAUUGGAACAACUCACACCACAUGAACGCGAGCUGGAGAUCCGCUCCCACUAUGCACAACUGGAACAGCAGAAGAGGUACGCGCAAGAGGCAUCUCCUUUCAUAAAGACUCAUGACGAUGCGCGCCAGAAACGGCGAGAGAAAGCCGUCAGCUGGUUUGGAGAAACAAUAGGCAAAUGGGUUACAUAGAAUUCCCAAUUGGCAUUGGCGGUUUCAUGGUGCCUUGGGAAGGUUUCAUUCUUCUUGUAUUAUUAUUAUAUAUUAUUAUCUUUGUUACUCUUGUUGUUACCCAAUACCUAGUCGGAUUUGAACACGAGGGCGCAUCUUUGAGGAGAAUUGAAUUGAUAUGAUAGCGAGACAUGCCAAUAUCAAAUGAAUCUGAUGACUA